ACACACACACACACACACACACACACACACACACUUGUUUUUGUUUUUAUUUUUAUUGUAUUUCUUUUUCAACAGUGAAAAAAUGUUACAUAUUUUUAAUUCACCUCUUUCAAAUUGUGUCCAAUCAAAUAUUGAGAUGGGGAUACACAAAUAGUUAUUUGUUACAAAUUGUGUACUGAAUGUUCAGUUUAACCAUUUAUUUUCUUUCAUGAUUUAUUUAAGCAUAUGUACGCAAGGCACCACAAAUCUAUCAAUUCAUAAAAAUUUUGAUUCCAAUAUUCCACAUUUUUAUAAUUAGGCCUAAUGUUAUAGUAUUUUUACCAAGGACAUUUUUCAGAGGAAUAUUUGGUCCUUGUUAAUAUCUCCUUAUACCUCUUAUAACAAUUGGAUUAACUCCUUAUAGUUAUCUCAUUUUAACAGAACACCCAAUGGGUCAUUCUUCAUUUGCGGUGGCAAACUGUGUUCCUCUGCUUUGCAACAAUCAAAUUUAAAUACCAAUAAAUUGUUAAAUAUUUGCACAUUGGUUUCUGUAGUGUGAAACCAAUUUGUGCAUUGUUUAAAGUUACAUUUUUCUCUUAAAACACAUUUUGAGUUUGAGAUAUUAUGUGUAACAAAAUGUGCAUGUCCCCCUCAUACCUCAAAGAUGUAUCCUGGGAUGUAACUGCAACAAUGAACAUUUUAAACACAAAUUAAGUGGUUAUUUUAUGGAAAAAUAGAUUUGUUUGUGAUAUUGUUUGUGAUAGCCUCAAUUAACUUAAUGUCUUGCGGUGUUACAACAACGGAGGUCACCCUUUUAAAAAAAUAGGAAAUUAUAUUUUGACUAUUGUAGGUGAUGUUGAGUUAAUUAUUUCUUAUUAAAUGUAAUAUAUUUUACAACAUUUCUGACAAUUUCAUGUCACUCUAUAUUAGAGUAUGUCAUGUUACAAUCAUAACCCUAAUCAUAACUUAAUUAAUAUAUUUAAAUGUAGUGGUCUAAGCACAUAACUGGUAAUCUGGUAAUCAGAAGGACACUGGUUCGAUCCCCACAGUCACCACCAUUGUGUCCUUGAGCAAGACACUUAACUCCAGGUUGCUCCGGGGGAUUGUCCCUGUAAUAAGUGCACUGUAAGUCCCUUUGGAUAAAAGCGUCUGCCAAAUGCAUAAAUGUAAUGUAAAUGUAAUAUUUAGAUAUAUUUUAUUUUGAUAAAUAGAAUCGUUUUUUAAUAUUUCCAAAAUGUUCACUGACCUUGAAACUAUCAUGAUGACAGUCUCCCCAUGAAAAGUAAAAAUUUUGCAAAUUUGUCUGUGGUGUAACUAUCUUUUAUGGUUGCACCAUAGACUCCAUAGUAACUACACAGGCUAAAUACAGUCAGAAACGUGUGUAAUGUAAGUUGUCUGUUGUUCUACUUUAAAUAGAGCUGUUCAGCUUGUAGUCCAAAACACAGAAGAGAAUUCGCCAUGGGUUCCCUCUGGAUUUUCCUAUGGGUUUUUAUGUUUUUUUUUUUAACUUAAAGAGUAAAACGUCUGUGGUAAACCGUAUUUGGCAAAACGUGGAUGUUUUGUUCUACAGCAUAAGUGACACGCCGUCAUACCUCCAACGCGAAUUUUGAAGCCACUUCAAUUAAAGAAUGACCCCUAUACUGUGUUGCAAUGGGAUCUAAAAAUGUACUUAAUUUACUGUACAGUAAGCACAAAUCCGUUUUAGGAUGUUUUAUCUGUUCUUGCUGACAUAAUUGCAUUUAUCAUAAUGCGUGUUUUUCGUGGUUUGUUACCCAUACUGAUGUCAAAAACUGAGGCUCUGUUUAGACCAGAAGUACUUGACUUGAAAUUUAACCAACGAUGCUAAGCAUAACUAUGGAAAAGUUUUUUUUUUUUUUUUUUUAUUUCAACAAAAAAAUAUACAAAGAUUUGUACAUGAAUAUACACUUCUCAACCAAUAGAAACUAUGGAAAAGUGUAAACCACCGUGUUAUCGGUAGUGACGUAGACGAACACUUCCGGAGGUGUGUGACCCGCGAUUUCCUCAUUGAUCUACGCAAUCUGAAAUGAUUUUCUGAACACGUUUAACGCAACAGGUGCUUGAAUGGAGAAGUUUGUAACUCGGCAGAGAAAGACACCGGCAGCGUCUGCUGAGAAGGAUGAAUGGAGAAAGGAGAAACGAAUGAAGAAGAAAUGCAAAGAGGAGGCAUGUGAGGUGGAAGAGGAGUUUUCUCAACCAAUCCCUUGGCAGAAGAUUGAGGCAGAGGGUCUGGACUGUGACUACAGUUUGCUGUUUCACAAAGAAGAGGCUGAUCGUCUCUUCGACCAACUAGAAGAGGAGGUGAUUUAUUUCACAGGUGACAAGGCUAAAAUACAAGUGUAUGGAAAGGUGUACAAUGUUCCGAGGAAGCAAGCAACAUAUGGGGAAGAGGGACUGAUGUACUCUUUCUCUGGGGUUCAUCUCCUGGCCAGGCCAUGGACUCCCACUUUGGAACACAUUCGAGAUGCUGUCACCAAGGCAACCGGUCAUACCUUCAAUUUUGUUUUAAUAAACAGGUAUAAAGAUGGUCAUGAUCAUAUGGGAGAGCAUCGUGAUGAUGAAAGGGAACUCGAUCCUGCCUGUCCUAUUGCCUCUGUUUCUCUAGGGGCUGCUCGUGACUUCAUUUUCCGUCACAAGGAUGCACGAACUGGUUCUGCCAAACGUCAGAUUGAGCCUGUGAAGUUUGAUCUUGCCCAUGGGAGUCUUCUGCUCAUGAACUAUCCCACAAACACAUAUUGGUAUCACAGUCUUCCAGCACGAAAAAAGAUUAAAACACCUCGCAUCAACCUAACUUUCAGGCGCAUAAUGAAAGACAGAUAGAAAAGUGGCAUUAAAAUGGA